CAAGACAUGGCAGCAGAGGUACAGCUCCACCCUCCACCCUCCAGCCUCCACCCGUCGGUCCUGUUGACAACUGCGCCCAGAUUCGCCCGUCGGUGAGCUUCAUCUGAGCGCUGCUCCUCCGCGCUGAACCCCUUUGCCACUUUCGCCGGCAGCACGAAAGAAACAGCAGCAAGUUCUUCAUCAUGAACUGGGGCUUCCUCCAGGGCCUCCUGAGUGGGGUGAACAAGUACUCCACCGCCUUCGGGCGAGUGUGGCUGUCCAUCGUGUUCGUCUUCAGGGUGCUGGUGUUCGUGGUGGCGGCCGAGAAGGUUUGGGGCGACGAGCAGAAGGAUUUCAAAUGCAACACGGCUCAGCCGGGUUGCCACAACGUCUGCUACGACUACUUCUUCCCCGUGUCCCACGUGAGGCUGUGGGCCCUGCAGCUCAUCUUCGUCACAUGCCCCUCGUUCCUGGUGGUGAUGCACGUGGCCUACCGGGAGGACCGGGAGCGCAAGAACCGCCGCAAGUACGGCGAGAACUGCCGCCGCCUCUACCAGAACACGGGCAAGAAGCGCGGAGGCCUGUGGUGGACCUACGUCCUGACUCUGGUCUUCAAGGUCAGCGUGGACGCCACCUUCGUCUACCUCGUUUACCACAUCUACGAGGGCUACGACUUCCCCUUGCUCAUCAAGUGCUCGCAGAAGCCGUGUCCCAACCAGGUGGACUGCUUCAUCUCCCGGCCCACUGAGAAAAAAAUCUUCACCAUCUUCAUGGUGGUCACCAGCCUGGCCUGCAUCCUCCUCUCGGUAUUGGAGAUCCUUUACCUGGUCGGCAAACGCUGCCGCGAGUUCUUCGGCGGUGUCCCUCACUCUCACCACAUUGUGACCACCAGUGGCAGCAACUUGAUGGAGUCAAACGAGCUGAAGAUGUCCAAGAAGAAUCCGCUGGAAACCCCUGCCCCUGCGUACAGCGCGGCCAUAUUUUGAAAUCAUGCUGCUUCUUUUUUUUUGUGUGUGUUUGUUUGUUUUUCAGGCAAAGACUUGACAAGGCAUCCUCAUGUCUUUUGAAAAUGAUCUGCAAUGACUUCUUACCGUCUGGAAAUUUGAGGUUCUUGCGCCUCGAUGGCACAUGGUCACUGUAGUGUUUUCAGUGGCAGUUUGUGAAACAAAGCAAAAAAGCAAGUUUGUGUGACGUGGGCUUUGAGAGCAUUACAUGAGUCAGUCUGUGCUUUGGUUCCUGUGGUCUCUUCCACACCCACGGGGUUUCUGUGUCAGAUUUUCCUCUGUGGCCAGUGCCAAACCUCCAAAUGUUUUCAUUCAAAUUGUACGGAGUCUUUGCAACUCGCAUAUCAACUGCGCGGACAACAUUUUUUUGGGACACUCUUAAUCGAGCAAAUCAGAGAUUGGGAUUAGACCCUUUGACCUCCCCCUGAAUCUUAAUUCUUUGAAAUGAAUGAAUACGUUGUGUGCUUUGUCAGACCAAAUCCAAAUCAUAUCGUUGGAAGAGUCAAGGAAGAACAUGAAAGUUGGGAUGGGCAUUUGACGACAUUUUCUUGAUCAGCUCUGGGGGAAACUAACAAAGAAUUCCCAGGUUACUGGCCAGCGCAGCGGACGAGGGGUUCUGAAUCUCAGUUGUGGCGUUUGCGUGUUCUCUGUUUGCGCAUUGGUUUCCUCCGGGUACUUUGGCUCCCUCCCAAAUUCCAAAAACAGGAAUGUUAUCUAAUUAAAGAUUCUACAUUUUCCAUCGGUGUGAAUGGUUGUUUCUAGGCUUUACACGAUCAGGAUUUUUGGGGCGAGUUUAAAAAAACGAUGACCGAUCCGAUCACAAGAUGGAGGAAGGUGUCUAUUUAAAUGACAUGUUCAUUUACUGUAUGUACUUGUGUACUUAAUUGCUCCAAAAAUUACAUUUACAAUAAAUAAUGUAUCUUUGUUCCUCUAUUUAUGCCAGUGAGGCAUAGUGACAGACAGAACAAAUGAAUGGUCUUCCAUUUAGAUGGCAGGAAGUCAAUACACUAAUUCAUGUAAUCCACUUUUUGUGAGAUUUUUCAAUUGUAAAAUAUGUUCCUUGGCUCCGUAAAGGUUGGAAAUCACUGCUCUAGUCAGAUCGUGUAUUCUAAUCAGUCGGGUCAAACCAACAUUACAACAUGACGGAAAUAAUGGCUGCUAACCUACUGUAAUUCAAUUACUUUAUUGUAAUUCAAUUACUUCACCCACACCGAAACUUUAGAGCAUGAUACGACAGAACGGCGGCAUGUUUAUAUCCAACCAUUCGCGCUAGCGCUAGCUUGCUAGGCUACAUAACGUUUUGUUGCCUGCUUGUGAGCCGUAUCGUAUUCAAAGUAUGUGAACGUACCUCAAGCGACCCUUAAACGAACGUCCUUUCCUGUCCUGAGCACCGUUGACCACCAACACACCAUUUUGUCCUCAUAAUACAAAGUCAACCCGCUCCACUCUUGUUGUCGUCACCACGGUAACGAGUUCAUCCGGGCGCAUUUGAGUUGACAAGAUAAAGCCCAAUGAUCGUAAAAAAAACGGGAUGCGGUGGUAUCAGAAUACAAGCUUUUGUUGCAGUGGUCUGAGCAAAUUUGUCUUUUCGUCUGAUCGGGCAUUACGUGUUGUCUGUCUCAGACGUCACCGCCGACAUGUUUUUAUUGUUUUUUGUUUUGUUUUUUUUCAACUGCAUUGGCCGUCAGAUAUUUACAGUACUACGUCAAAAGACACGCGACAAGGCUAAAAAUAAACUAGCUUUUGGAUUCAAACAUACUGUGCACGUGGCGACGCGGAGUAAAUGUCUUUGAUCGGAUCGGCGAAUUAUGGCAUUAAAGCCGCUCAGCCCAUCAGCAUAAAAUGCUAAAUAUCGGCCGAUACCGAUCAGCCCGAUCAAAUCGGUGUCAAGUCUAGUUGUUUCAUGUUUGAUUGCCCAAAGUCAGCUGGGAGAGGCUCCAGCUCACUGUAGAAAAUGGUUGGAUGGCUGGAUAGUCAAAACGAAUAGACGUCUUUUCAGAUUACUUUGGAAUGGGAUGGAAAUGUUCUUUGAAUGUUCUGAACUCCUGUUUCCACGCUAGUGUUCUCGUACUCAACUUCCCAACGCUAAUAUCGUCGACUUUCUUAACUAGUUGAGACCAAAUCAACUACCGUUUGCAGCCAAGUAGUGCACUCCAUUUUGCCCCAAUUUCUGUAAUUGCUCAACAAUCAGUUCCACACCAUCUACUGAUCAUUUCCUAACGAUCACUGAAUGGAUUAUUAAGUCAAAUCCUAGAGCUAACCGCCAUCAAAUACCAACGGGUUGAACUCCAAGAGAGAGACUGAGCCAAGAGGAACUACUAAAGUAUCUUAAGAAUUCCCAAAAGAGUGGAAUCGGUCAUAUUUUCCUUCCGCUUUUACUUUCCGCGUGGUCCUGUCCCAAUACCUUUGCCCAUAAUGUGUUCGUAUGUUUGAGUGCGUGUAUGUACAUUUGCUUACAUUGUUUUACACUGUGUAUGUAAUUUAUCACCACUUUAGUAUGAAAGAUGCAAGUUGCUUGUUUUUUACACUGUUAAGAUGUAUAUAUUUCCAGUAAAUACUUGUUUUCCCACUGUA